AGUGUCAGAGCGUUACAGAUCUCUGCUGGGACCUUGUCAAGAAAGAAAGUGGCGACGGGAAAGUGGAGGUCUCCGACUCCCAUUGUGCCUCCAAGGAUGAAGACGGAGAGGGAACCAUCCGGGUCUCGGGGAGUGAGAAGGGGCUCUGACCCUGUAGAGGCUCCAAGCAAUGAGGACUUUUGGGGGAAGUCGGUCCGGGAAGUCAUGGAGGGAAGCCAUAGCCGGUGGGCCGACCAAGCCCGCAGCUUCCGGACGUUUUGCUAUCAGGAGUCUGGGGGACCCCGAGAAGUUUGCAGCCGGAUCCGCGGCCUCUGCCUCGAUUGGCUGAAGCCAGAGAAACACACCAAGGCUCAGAUCGUGGACUUGGUGAUCCUGGAGCAGUUCCUCAAAGUGCUGCCCCCCGAGAUGGAGGGCUGGGUCAGGGGCCGGGAGCCGGAAAGCAGCAUUCAAGCGGUUGCGCUGGCCGAACGCUUUCUCCUUGACCAGGCCGAAGGAAUCCAGGUCCAGAAAGAGUUACCUGAAAUGGCCACUAAGCUCCCAGAGAUGAGGAAGGAUCCAUCCAAUGCCAGACGGAAGAUUGUGCCGACAAAGGACCAAAGCACUACAACUCGAGGAGAUGCGAUGCAAGUCGGAGAGAGCAAAAUAGUCAUGGAGGUCCCUUCUCAGCUGCCUUUUCUUUGUGGUGGAAUCAAUGCUUUGAAUGUCAAGAUUGAGCAGAAUCCAGUGACUGCUAAGACUGAGCCUCCUGCCGAGGAGGAAUAUAUCCCCCCGGGUCCAGGAGAGCCCACGCUGCAGAUGGAGGUCGUGGAGGAGAGUUAUGAGAAUGGAGGUGCUCCAGAACCUCCAGGUCCCAACACUGACCUUGUGGCUAAGCAGGAGAAAAGGGACGAUGGGUGUGACGGGAGCUGUAAAGAGGACAAGAGAUCAUCAGGUGUUUGCAAGGAGACAAAUAAAAUGCAUGAAAAACCGAAAAACCCUACUGAGGAAAAUCAGAAUUGGGACUCCAGUGUCACCUUCAUUUCUCCCGAAGGGACUUACCUGCCGGAAAUUCCAUCACUCAGAGAUGAUCCCGAAGGCAAUAAGACACUCAUUUCCAGUAUGAGAAACCAGUCGAGCCUUUCAGAGUAUGAAAGGAAUUUCAUUGAGCAGCUCCGCAUUAGAAACGAGGGGAAGAUCCACCCAGCGGAGAAGAAGCACCAGUGUGCCGACUGUGGGAAGACAUUCAAGUUCAACGCAAAGCUGAAGUUGCACCAGCGAAUCCACACCGGGGAGAAGCCCCACCAGUGCUCUGAGUGCGGCAGGUGCUUCAGUUACAGCGCAAACCUCAGAACGCACUUAAGAACCCACACCGGGGAGAAACCCUACCAGUGUCCUGAGUGUGGACGGUGCUUCGGUCACAGCGGGAACUAUAAAAUGCACCGAAAAACACACGAAGUGGCAAAAAGCCAUGGAGCACAGGAAGCGAUUCCAUCACAGAUUGGACCUCAACUCACGUCAGAGGAUUCACACAACGGAGAAGCUGUGUAAGAGCUAAAUGGCUCUACGCCGUAGAAAUAAUGCAGAUUGGUGCUACUUUUAAGUGCUGUAGUUCCAUCCUAUGUGGAAUCCUGUGUUAUACAAUCUUUAGCCUUCUCUGUCAGAAGAGUGCUGGAGCCUCACAAAAACACAGAUCCCAGGAUUCUGUAGGAUGGGGCUGUGGCAGUUAAACUGGUGUCAAACAGCAUUACUUCUGCAGUAUAGCUGCACCCUAAAUUAGACCCUCUGAAGCAGUAGAGUAAGUGUCGACUUGUCAUUCACCAGUAGAGUCAAUGGGUCUACUCUAGUUAGGAAUAACCUUUCCUGAAGACUUUUAAGUCCCAGAUAGGAAUUGCAUGACCUCCCAGAGGAACGGAAUAUCCCAGGUGUCUAAUAGGGUGCAUCCACACUGUAGAAAUAAUGCAGUUUGACACCACUUUUAUGUGCUGUAUCUCCAUCCUAUGGAAUCCUGGGAUUUGUGGUUUAGCAAGGUCUUCAGCCUUCUCUGCCAAGGAGUGCUGGUGCCUCACCAAACUACCAAGUCCCAGGAUCCUGUAGAAUGAAGCCACUGCAAUUAAAAUGGUGCCAAACUGCUUUAUUUCUACAGUGUAGAUGCACCUGGGAAUUGAAGUUCAGUAACAUCCCAAGGGCCGUACAGUUUUAACCCCUUAAGGGUUAUGGACAAAUUGGGCGUAUAAGCAUGAACUGUAUUUGACACCCCAAAAAAAAACCCGGACAUAGGGAAAACCAAUAAAUGCAAGGCUGGAUCAAAUUUGGCUCUCCAGGCCAUUCUGUCUAAGGGGCCACCGGAGAAGGACCUGCCCUGAAGCUCUUCCCCUCCAGAAGCUCCUCAGAAUGAAGAGAGGUGGAAAGCGAUCCAGACAUGGAAGAUCUUUCCAUUUUGGUCCUUUGAGCAAAACGGCGAUGCACAGCCAGGAUUCAAAUCACCAGCGAAGCUGAGUUCACCCCUCCUUCGUCUUCCUUGUAGACCAAGCUUUGGUCCUAAAUAGUGACCUUCAGCUGCACGAAAGAGGAACCUCUCGAUUUCUGGCGCAUGAGAUGAUUUGUAAAUGCCACUCAACCCUCAAACGCAAGAAUUUGGCCUUGGAAAUAAUGUUUGGGCUGCAGCUCUUAGCGUUCCUCCCUUUUGGCUCCCUAGGCAGGGCUGAUAAGAGAUGCAGUCCAAGAACACCUAGAAGGCCACAAAAGGCAGAUUUUGCAAAACCAAGGGCACAGAAGUAAAACAGUUUGACACCACUUUAACUGUGAUGACUCUGAUCUGACAGUAUCCUAUGGGAUUUAUAGUUCGGCAAGACAGGAGAGCUCACUGAUGGACAAGACUGAAUACCUUGCCAAACUACAGGAUUCUGUAGGAUAAGAGUGGUGGCAGUUAACGUGGCGUCAAACUGUUUCAGUUCUGCAGUGUGGCUAUACCCCGAGAGAAAAUGGGUUUGUAACCUUGGACCGACUCGCCAUACGAUCGAUAAAGAAUCUACAUGGGGAGAACUCAGCAGUGUAUCAAGAGCAAAUGGGUGUGUAACUUUGGACCAACUUGUAUUAAUGGCCCACAAAGAGUCUACAUGGGAAGGAAUUGUGCAAUGUGUUCACACACCCCAACAGAAAACGGGUUUGUAACUUUGAACCAACUUGCCUUAAUGAUCAACCAAGAAUCUUACCCAGGGAGGAAUUCUGCAGUCUGUCCACACCCCACGAGGAAACAGUUGCGUAACUGUGGAGCAACUUACCUUAAUAAAGAAUAAUUAAUCCUGCUAAUUCCAAUGGCACAACUGAGCUCUUGACGCCAAACAAUCAGAGGUUGGAAUUGUGUGAUUUGUGGGUCACAUUUUAUACCCCCCCCCUCCCAUCCCUUCCCUCCUUCCAUGGCCAAAAAGCAUAGCCAUGAUUCGGUUCCCGUUUUUAGGGCAACAUUUUUAAUAGUUUCUCAAGAACUGGAUUUGGGUCCCUGGUGAUGAACUAAAGCUGAGUCCUGCUGCACAGGCAACAUAAUUUUUGUUAAAUUGAGAAUGUUCCUUUUUAUAAAAAAAUUGCUUCAUGUUG